AUGACUUUGAGCCAAAUACAGGAAUUUUACAAAAACCAGACGGUCUUUAUAACCGGAAGCACCGGCUUGUUGGGGAAACUCGUUCUUCGGAAAUUGUUAACCACAUGUGAUCCGAAGAAAAUCUAUCUUCUUAUAAGACAACACAAAGGAAAAUCGGUAGAGGAACGACUGGAGAUACUCCUAGACAAGGCGGAUUUGGGACGGGAUAAAUCGGAAUUCAAAGGGAAAAUUUUUGUGAUCAAAGGAGACUGCGGUUUACCGGGACUGGGAAUAUCACAGGAUGAUAGAGAUAUUUUAGUGAAUGAAACGACUUGUAUUAUUCAUAUUGCAGCUACUAUAAAAUUUAACGAGCAUUUACGAAUGGCUGCAUAUGUUAAUGUUCGCGCUGUUCAAGAUCUCCUUAAUUUGGCCAAACAAGUUCGUGAUUUAAAGGCUAUGGUGCACGUUUCCACAGCUUAUUCAAACUGUAACCAAAAACACUUAAUAAUAGAACAAUUCUAUGAGCCUGGAAUGACAGCCACAGAGCUCUUGACAAUGCUGGAUUCAGUGGAUGAUGAGACAAUAACAAAUAGAACUUCAGAACUUUUAGGUUCCUGGCCCAACAGCUACACAUUCACCAAAGCCGUGGCCGAAAAUGUUGUCAAAACCGAAGCUCAAGAUCUACCAAUUUGUAUCGUCAGACCGGCUAUUCUGAUGGGCGCAUCCGAAGAACCUGCACCAGGUUGGCUGGACGCAAUUCAGGGUAACACUGCCUUUUUCUUAGGCACGUACCUCGGUUUGAUACACUGCAACCUAUCAGAUACUGACCCUAUAUAUUUGAUACCAGCUGAUUACACAGUAAAUAUUAUUUUGGCGGCAGCGUGCUAUUCAACAGACAAAAAUUCCCCUCCAGCGAUCUACAACUACACCGGUUCUGAGAAAAAUCUCUUAAGGAAAAGUAAACUCUACGAAUAUGGGAAAUUAUGUUGCGAACUGUACCCCAGCUUGCACAUGGUUAAUCUGUGCUUCUUGGUCUUUACCACAAACACGUACUAUCUUAAGUUCUGCCAGUUCUGGCUUCAUCUAGUGCCGGCGUUUUUCGUGGACCUGAUUUGUUCGUGUCUCGGAAAAGAACAAAGAUUUGUUAAAAUGUAUCAAAAAUUACACAGAACGUGUGACGUGAUAGGGUUCUUCAAUGUGAAUAAGUGGAAAUUUGACACGACUAAUUGCGAAAUUAUGUGGAAAGGCUUGAAAGAAAAAGAUCGUGAGUUGUUUCCGUUCAACAUGGAGAACUUGGAGUGGAAGACUUUUUUGGCAAAUUGUAUAAUAUAUGCAAGGGUUUAUUUCCUGAAAGAUCCAAUGGAUACGUUACCUCAAGCCAAACGAAAACGAAAAUUGAUCAUAUUUUUGUAUUAUUGUAUUGUUUUUGCACUUUUGUAUAUGUUGUGGUCUGUGAUGUUUAACUUGAUUUAUUAA